GCAGUUUCCGGUGUGAUCAAGAUGGCGUUACGGGAGAUUAGCUCGCUAGAGAAAUAUUUAGGAUUAAAGAAGCCCAGUAAAUACAGCACACAAGGAGAGAGGAAGGUCCCUGUUCUCCAAAACAACAAUGGUGCGGCAUUGGUUGGUCUGGUCACCGUAGCUUGUCAUCUGGUUAAUGAGGCCAAGAGAGGAGAGCUGCUGGGUGACAGCGCUGAACAGAGAGCUGUGGUCCGACAGUGGAUCGAGUACAGAAUAACUCGAGUGGACAGCUGUCCCAAAGAUGAGCUUAAACUUAUCCUGAAGGAACUUAACCAGUACCUGGAGGACAAGGUUUACCUCGCUGGAAAUGUAUUCACGCUGGCAGACAUUCUCAUGUAUUAUGGGAUUCACCACAUUGUUGUGGAAUUGUCCAUACAGGAGAAAGAGCAUUAUCUGAAUGUCACCAGAUGGUUUGAUCACAUCCAGCACUACCCAGGCGUACGGCACCAUCUGCCUCUUGUAGCAGUUCUGAGGAACAGAGUCUACCCGAGUGGCCACCAUUAAACUUUGGGUUGUCAAAUAAACCAAACCUUGGGUCACAAUAUCAACCCGCAGCCGACAAGCUGAGCUUUUAUUUUGUGUUGUGUUUGCUGGAGCUGGGCUUUCUUAAGUUUGUUUGUUAGCAUUUUUGGCUAUUAGUUAUGUUUUAUAAGUGAAUUUAUUAUGAAUGUUGUUUCAUUUUAUAUGUUUUCCAUACAGCUACUUUAUGCACAUCAUUCUUUGGUCAUAAUAGGAAGCAGUUUUGUUACAGAUCUGAAAUCGUAUGCCGGCACAUGAAAGCAUAUUACAAAGUGUUAAAAUCAGUGAGUCAUUUCAGAAAGGUUCAUACAACUGCAGCCUUGUCUGUACUCUUUACAUUGAAAGUCCUCAUUUUACGAGCAAUGCCUUUCACAUUCACUUAAUCUGUAGUACAUAUGUGGACCGAAACAUCCCUUUCGUGUAAGUCAUAUUUAUCUCAGGUUUGUGUUUAUUUAUUUGAACAUUAUGCUGCUGUCCUGUGCCAAUAAACAAAUAAAGGAAAACGAU